AUGGCCGCCGCAGACGCAUCCGAGAAGCUCGCGCUCAUCCGCGAGAAUCUUGCCGAGAUUCUGAACCCGGAGAUUAUCGAGAAGAUCCUGGACGAGGGCCGCCAUCCCAAGAUUUACUGGGGCACCGCGACAACCGGCCGUCCUCACUGCGGCUACUUUGUUCCCGCCAUCAAGAUUGCCCAGUACCUCGCCGCCGGCUGCCAUGUGACGAUCCUCCUCGCCGAUAUCCACGGCUUCCUCGACAACCUCAAAGCGCCCAUCGAGCUGGUUGAGCUGCGAGUCGAGUUCUACCGAUUCGUCAUCACCGCCAUCUUCAAGGCUGUCGGCGUGUCGACCGAGAAGCUCAAGUUUGUGCAGGGCAGCUCGUACCAGAAGAGCCCCGAAUACAUCAUGGACGUCUACAAGCUGUCGUCUGUCAUCUCAGAGCACGAUGCCAAGAGGGCCGGUGCUGAAGUGGUCAAGCAGACGGACAAUGCGCCUCUGUCUGGUCUGCUUUACCCCAUUCUCCAGGUUCUUGAUGAGCAGUACCUGGAUGUGGAUGCUCAGUUUGGUGGUCUUGAUCAGCGCAAACUGUUCAUCGCCGCCAAGGACUGGCUGCCCAAGCUGGGAUACAAGGAGCGAUGCCACUUGAUGAACCCCAUGGUUCCUGGCCUCAAGGGCGCCAAGAUGAGCUCCAGUGACGAAGACAGCAAAAUCGACCUCUUGGAUGCCCCCGAUGUCGUCGCCAAGAAGAUCCGCAAGGCCGUUGCCACCCCCAAGGUGGUUGAGGAGAAUGGCAUCCUGGCCUUUGUCGAAUACGUUUUGCUGCCGGUAGCAGCUCUGCGUGGAAAGCGAGAGUUUGUCGUCGACCGCGAGAGAGAUGGUCUGGAGCCAUUGGUUUACAGCAGCAUCGCUCAGAUGCACGAAGAUUACAGAAAUGACGUGCUGUCACCACAAAUUCUCAAGGCGGCCGUCACGAAAUCACUAAACGAGCUGCUGGCCCCCAUCCAGGCAGAGUUCCAAUCGUCAAAAGAAUGGCAGGAGAUUGCCAUCAAGGCCUACCCCCCACCAGCAAAGAAGGAGAAGAAGGUCAAGGACAAGGGCAGCCGCCACCCUGGAAACGCAAAAGCAAAAGAAGGGCAAAUAGACGUCAAGGACCUGAAGGAGGCUGUAAACGAGGUCUAG